GUUCCCUGUUUUGAGGAGCCUGUAGUCUCAGCUGGCCAGACAAGGGGAUCUUCUGCCCUGUGGAGCCUCAGCCAUGCUGGUCGUGUCAACAGAGUCAGUGUAGAUGCAGCAUGUGCUGAAGGGAGAGGUUUAAGACUUGUUUUCACUCCCCCCCCCGCAGGUGUUAGUACAGCUGUGCCCUGAUGACAGGGAUUGCUCUCAUGGCAGGGGGAUGGUGAAGGAUCUUUAUACAGCCCCUCUGACUGUCAGUGAAGCCAGGAGGUUGGAGGGGAGACAGGACCAGAGAGGGGCAGUGGCUUGCCAAUGGUCAUACAGCAGGUCAGGGACAGCUCAGAGGGGAACCCAGGUGUCCUAAGUCUCUGUUAUCGAUAGGUCAUGAUAUCUGCCUUCUCCGCCUAGGCCAAGGUCAUACAGAGGAUGGAGAAAAUGCCCCCUGAAGUAUCCCUGGAGCUCUGUGCAUGCCCCAGUGGCUCCCUGGGCCCUGCCCUCUCCUGUGUUUCAGGGGCUCUGCAGACCUUCCUUGUGCCCUGCACUAGGGGUUCUGUGGACUGCCCUGUGCUCUGCCAUGACCACUGCUCUUUCUGCCGGAGAAAGGGAGGUUUGCAGAGCAGAAGUGGAGUUGGAUGUUCACUGUUAGUGGUUGACACGUACAAAUUCUGUGCUGUGUAGAGAGUGCUGGACUUGGCUGAAGCUGGCAGGGCAUUGUGUUCCCCCAUCUCCACCAGAUUUUAUUUGCAAACACUUUGCUUACUGAUGCCUAGAAGGAUUGGGCAGGCAAGGCAGUGUUGCAGGCAGCAGGGUGGAGGGACAGUGUUUGGCAGCAGGGGCAGGUUCUGCUCCUGGCUCUGUCUGGCCUGGUGUCUGCUUCUGAUUCCCAUGCCUGUUAAUGGGUUGAGGAUGGGGGCAGGGCUUCCAAAGAGUGGAUCUGUUCUGUGGGGUCGUCUUAGCAGCUCUUGUGUAGAAGGGGCCCUCCUAGGGACCGGGGAGCCAUUGACAAACACUGAUGCCUGUGGCUUCCAGACAGAACCACCUCAGGAUCACAGACCAUGACUUCAUCACUCUCCUGCCACCUCCAGGCUCUAGCGUGUGAGCUGACCCUGCCUAGUGACCCCUGAUGAUAGAUGACCUGCUGUGGGAAGGGGCAGCAGCCUCAUCUCUGCUCUAGGUGGGGUUGUGCACCCUUGGGGUUCAGCACAAUUGGUACCCUAGUGACUGGUCUUGGCACUGGAGAUAAAGAGCUUUGUGGGCUGCACGGAGCUGGGUCAUGGAUCCUUGGUUCCUGUGACACGCAGCAUGGCUCUGAGGGUGCUGUGGCAUUGUGCUGCCCUCCCUGGCAGGGUGGGGGGGCUGACAGCCUGGCCUAGCAGGUAGUGGGAGCUCAUACAAGUGUCUGAAGUGAGUGCGGUGCUAACCUGUUUCUUGUUGUAGCAGGAUCCCAGCCUGGCCUGUGCUAUGUGCAUUCGGAGUGUUUUCUCCACUAGUGUUUGCAAAUGAAAAUGGAGGAAAUGUCUUUGUCUGGCCUGGAUAACAGCAAACUGGAGGCCAUUGCUCAUGACAUUUACACGGACCUGGUGGAAGACGCCUGUCUGGGGCUGUGUUUCGAGGUGCACCGGGCGGUCAAGUGUGGCUACUUUUUCCUGGACGAUACAGACCCUGACAGCAUGAAGGACUUUGAAAUUGUGGACCAGCCUGGCGUGGACAUCUUCGGCCAGGUGUACAACCAGUGGAAGAAUAAGGAGUGUGUGUGCCCCAACUGCAGUCGCAGCAUCGCUGCCUCCCGUUUUGCUCCCCAUCUGGAGAAGUGCCUGGGCAUGGGCCGCAACAGCAGCAGGAUCGCUAACAGGAGGAUAGCCAGCAGCAACAACAUGAACAAGUCGGAGAGCGACCAGGAGGACAAUGAUGACAUUAAUGAUAACGACUGGUCCUACGGAUCUGAGAAGAAAGCAAAGAAGAGAAAAUCCGAUAAGAAUCCCAACUCGCCCCGGCGAUCCAAGUCCUUGAAACACAAAAACGGGGAGCUUGGUGCAAACUCAGAUCCGUUCAAGUACAGCAACUCCUCUGGAAUCAGCUACGAGACGCUGGGCCCUGAGGAGCUACGCACCCUGCUUACCACGCAAUGUGGGGUCAUCUCUGAACACACCAAGAAGAUGUGUACCAGGUCCCUGCGUUGCCCCCAGCACACGGAUGAGCAGCGGAGGUCAGUCAGGGUCUACCUCCUGGGACCCUCUGCCUCACUCCCAGAGGCAGAGGGCAGCGUGGAGAAUGACAGCUUUGAGGUGGCGGAGAGCCAGGCCAUCAUGAGCCGGCUGCAGUGGGAUGGUUCCUCUGACAUCUCGCCCUCGGACUCAGCCUCAUCCAAAGCCAGCACGAACAACUCGGAGUCCCGCAAGACCAAAAAGAAGAAGCCGCACAUGAGCCUAGUGGGUGGUACGCCGGGGAUAAGCUCCAGCAAGAAGAAGAAGCCUAAGCCACCUGCACCCCCCACGCCCAGCAUCUAUGAUGAUAUCAACUGAGGGGCUGCAGGGACAGCAGCUGCCGUGGCACCUACAAGGCCUGACCUGCCUUCCCUCCUCACCCCUGAUCGUCUGGACUCUGGUCGUGCCCUGGGGGAAUCCAGGCAGGCACCUUGUACCCCCACUGGCACACUUGCCAGUUACUGGAGCAUGCUGUCACCCUGCCCUAUCUGUAGGGGGCAGCACUGGGAGCUGGACUGCCCUCGGCAGCCUAAGAGGAGGCACUGUGGAGCUGGAGAACUUUGCUGCCUGUGGGGAGAGUGGGGGGAAGCCAGGCUGGAGUGCCCCCUGCCACCCCCUUGCACCUCUAUUUAUUCUGUGAUUUUACUGGCUGACCAAUCAUGACUGUAAGGUGGCGCCUGCUGCUAAGCAACACUAGAGACCGUUCAUCAGGGAACGGGGUGAGUGGAUGAUGCCCCAACCGUCGGAGCAAGGCAUGGAUGCAGAGGCUGGGGCAGGCCCUGCUGGACAGCCUUGUGCCUGCCCUUGCUGAAAGGGCCAGGAUGUGGGGAGGCAGGCCCCUGCACUGGACCCCAGGGCUGCGCCACCGCCCCCCCCCCAGCCUUUCCUCCGCCAGCUGGGAGGGGAGGAUGCCAUCCUUGGGGAGUCUGGGUGUUGGCUCUGAGGGCUUGCCCAUUCUCUUCCAUCAUGCUGAGAGUGCAGGCUGGGGGCUGCAAUAAGAUGUGGCUGGCUCAUCUGUGUCCAGCACCUCCCCUUCCUGCAGCUCCCCUCGUGGCUCUCAUCAUGGUACCUGCUGGUGCUGCUGCUUUGUCCGUGAACCUGCUGUGGGUUUGUUUUGGUACCGCUGGGUGCAGAAUUCCCUGGACUGGCUGCCCACUGCCUCCUGGUGCGCCCACUGGCCAAGGGAUCCGGUCCAUGGUGCCCUGUUCUGUGGGACUGGUGUGUGUGAGGGAAUGGGGGGUUGUGAUGCUUGCUGCAAGCAUCCUUCAGGAUGGUAGUAGGUGCUGCCUGCCCUUGUGUAUGGCUCUGAGAUUCCAGAGGUCCUGCUCAGGUGCUCAGAGGUGGGGCAGGGAAGCUGCUAUCUACCCAUUCUCUCCUCCCCACCAGCAAGCUCAGGGCCCUUGGGAGAUGCUGGGAUCCACAGGGGGUAGUGGACAAUCCUGGCAGGGUGAGAGGCUUCUGCCCUAUGGCUUGCUGUGGGGGAGAUGUGUUUCACCAUGGGGCACUUCAAAAGCAUAUACCCAGGCUCCUGGGAGGGUUGAGCAAACACCUCCUUAGGUCAAGUAGCUUGGGCUGGCCUGAACUACCACACACAUCCCAUCCCCCUUGCAUCCCCCCCAGGUGUUCUUCAGCCACCCCUGCUUUUUGGGGCAGGCCCAUUCCCCUGCCUGGGACACUUGGGCCAAGCUGGAACUCAGAGCUGCCUCAACUCCCCAUGUGUCUCUGGCAGGUCUGACCUCAUCCCCUGGGCUCUGUUUUGCUGCUUAUCUCCCCCAGGGGGGCACCAGUUGCCAUAUGCAAGAUGCCAAGUGGUUGCUUUUGCUGGAGCUCUUCCUCCGUUUUGAGUUCCCACCUGUGCAUGUCCCCCAUCCCCCCAGAUCAAAUCCGUGGGGAACCCCAUCCCAGACUCCCAUCUCUCUCAAUCUCUUCCCUCCUUGCCCUUUCUACCACACGAUGAUGUGGUACCUGAGUGGGGGUAGCCAAAGCAACUUGGUUUCUGAGACUUAGGGUGUUGGUGAUAAGGACGUGCAAUGGUCCAGAUCUUUUAGCUUUGCUUCCACAAUUCCAUGCCUGCAAUCCCAGAAUCCCCUGUCCCUCUGAAGGUCUGGUUUGUAUCGUGCUAACUUGUCUGCCAUCAUUUUACAUGAUGCUAACAAGGUAGAACAUGGUUCUGCCCCCACUCCCUUCCCUAGGCCUGGCCCCAUCCUGCGGGAUCAUGCAUAGGUUUACUCUUCUGUAUUGAAGGCGACUUUUGGUCGCCAAGGGUCUUGGCAAGAUGGGACAGCUGGAUUGUGUCAGCAGUGCAUUGGGAGCCCAGGAGGAAUAGGGGGCUGCUCCCUUGCCCCACCUACCAAGUGGGCUGCUAGGAUCAUGCUGAGCGAGCUAAGCCAGCUGUAUCCAGACCACAAAGAGCAGGGCCAGGGUGCUCCUUUUGGGGUGGAAGGAGGCAGCUCUGACAGGAAGUGUGUGGCUGGCACAGGGUGGUGCCUUGGAUCCAGUUGGGUGCUCUGCCUGCUGUGGCUACAGUAUUCACACACCUUCCAGGCUUUUUCCUGGCCCAGAGCUGCCUGCCACUGCAGCAAGCAGAGCUGCGGAGGGAGGAAGGGCCUGGCUCCUGCUUCUCCCAUGUUGCCUUAGAGAAAUCCUGGGCUCUCCCCAACUCAUUCUCAAAGCAGGUGCUGCUCAGUUGUUAAUGGUAGCAAUUCCCAGCAGCCAGUGAGAGGGACUGGCAAACUGAUUGCAGUGAGGCAGUAAUAGCCAGAACCCUAAAAGGGUUUAUAAACCUCAGGGAGUGGCAGGCAAGCAUGACCUGAUCCCCAGCUGGCCAGAGAGCCUGCAGCCUCAUUGGAAGGGCAGUGCAUGCAGUCAGCACCCAUAGGAAGAGCUGGUUGAGGCCUGGAAGCAGGAGCGGGGGAGGGAGGAGUGCUGCUUACGGCCCUGCCAUAGGGAAUGAGGCUACUUGUGGGGUGGGCAGGAAGGGGGAAGCUGUGGCUCUUGUGGGAAGGAGGUGGCACUGGUUGACACUGGCUUUUGGGGGUCAGGGGUGCAAGUUGGGUUUUUAAUUUAGGUUAGGAAUCAUGGUGCUCUUGAAUUGUAGAUUAACUUUCUGACUGCUGCUAACUGGUGGGAAGACUGCUGAGUGCCAGCAGAAGGCUGUGCUUAUGCUCACCCAGGCUGCUUGGCUGCUGGGACAGCACUGCUAAUGCUCUUCCUCUGCCCUGGCCCCCUGGAGCUGGGAAGCAAUUUGCACUUCUGCAUUGCUCUAAGCUCAUAACUUGGUUCACUUUCUGCUUUGCCCCUUCCUAAAUAAGCCUGUGCAGCUACCCUUGGUGUACAACUGUCUGUUUUAGCUCAACCAUGCUCCUCUGUUAUCUUUCCAGCAAGCCUGAAGAGUGCAGCUGCAGUCUCCCUCCACUCCUGCUGUUCCCAAAGGAGCCAAGCAAAGUGCCAGCCAGCCUUAGUGCUUGACCAUGGGAAAACCCUGAAUGUGGCUUGGCUUCCUUGCUAGAUGCCUCAGUCUGUCCUGUUGCAUGGAUGUUUUAUAGGAUGCAGAGACUGGGAACAUGGUCUCUAGGCUUGUUGAGAGAAGCAGCAACUUUAAUUGCAAGGGCCUAGGUCUGGCUUGGUCUUGCAUGCUGAUUAGAUCUAGAUCAGAUUUGUUGGAGGUGGCAGUGACCAGACUGAAGGAACCUUGUCUUUAAAAAUAUAUAUAAGCAGUGUUGUCUGGAAACAAGGCAAAGAAAGCUUUUUCCUCUAAGCUUAAACUGCUUGUUACCUAAGAAGAGAAUGAGUUGUUAAGAGGCAGGGGGUCCAACUUCCUCUUGCACUUAUUCACACAACCUCCAGAAGGGCUGGAUUGUCAAUGGGACUGCAAUCCUUCAAGGACAAAGCUAGCUCAACUAGUUCUAAGCAGGAUCCAUCCACCACCACCUAGCAGUGUCCAGUCAGAGGCGUACAGUGCUUCAAUCCCUAAGCAUAGAGGUAUGAGAGAACUUGCCAAGCCAGGCCUGGGAGCUAAAAAAUGCAAGCUAGCACUAGCUGAACUACCCCACCUGUUGCUGAAGACUGCUACCGUGUGACUCUGAGAGGCAGAGACGCAUUUGUUUUCAGUGCAGCCUUGGAGAAAAUCCUCAAGGCUGUUUUGUUUCUAAUCACAGGCUCCACAUUCCUCCUCUUAUUUUAAAGGUAGGCCUGCUUCACUUGAAACCCUGCAUCCUAUCAUGAUACCACUCUCCAGAGGGUUUUAAUGUGUAAUAAUGUAAAAGCUGCCCCCGUGUGACUUCCCUGCGUGUUCAUGUCAGUGUGGCCACGGGAGGCCCUGGCGCAGGCAGUGCUCACAUGGGGAAGGUGGGGUAAGUACUGUACUGCGUGGUCUUGAAAUGUUUAUUUUUGCAUAUGUAAUCCAUUCUGUACAGGUAGUUCCAACUUUGUAAGAGCUGUGUAUGCCUAUUAGUGGAUUGUGGCUGCCCCUGUAAAUAAAAAUGCAUCUUGACUUGG